AAAGCGACGGAAACAUGUCUGUGAUCAACCGAUAGAAACCCGAGCCGUUCCCCGAAUCUCCGCAACGCUCCGCCGACGUACAAAAGUUAUGAGCUAAAUCCCGCAAUUCCAAGUCGGAGAGUCGUCGUGAAAAUCUCCGGUGCACGAUUCACCGUCGUUCGAGAUGUCAGUGAUUUAACCUCGAGCGCGGAGAAAGAAGACACAUCGCGAGUUACUUUAAAAGCGCAAAAGAGAAUCCGGACGAACACGGACCGGCGCCACAAUGGAGUCCGCGCGUCAGGAUAAGAAGUUUCAAUCCAGUUGGAAAUUGCCUUCCUCCAUCUCGCUUGACCCGGAGAGAAAGGACAGCCCGGCGAAUCCUUAUCAUCGAUCCGUUCGCGGGACGAUGACGAGCCCGAAGCGGACGGUUCCAAACGCGAGCGACAAUGAAAGCGACAUCGUCAGCGGCUUGCCGGAAUUCGAGUGCGAUGUGAUCGCGAGUUCUUGUUUGUCUCGAGAAACCAGAGAUUCUUCGGACAAAACGAGCGCCGUGAGACACCGCAAUGAGGACAAAGAGAGAAGAGAGGCUUAUUGGAAAAUCAAGGCAAAAGUGGAAAACGCUGUUAAGAGACACAAGAUAUUCCUCAUACGCGGCGAGCUGCCAAGACUGAAGGAGGCGCUGGAAGCGCGGGGUUGGGUGCACAAAUAUGAGCCGACUAGGAUGAGAAUGUUGCCCUACGGCACCACCGCGGCUAACCUGGAAGCUCACUCGCUGGGCGAUAUCACGCAAGCGGAUGGCACGCUGAACGAGAAAGCCGUGAUUUUUGCCCUUCUGCGCGACAGGCAGCCCGACUUCAUCUGGGACUGCAGAAAUGAGUUUAUCGAGUGGCAUCGGAGCAUCCAAUCCGACGUUAUUCUCAACAAAUAUCAGAGGUCUUUCGUUUACACCUCAAAGCUUGGAAUGGCGCGCUCGCUGGCGGACGCGUAUUGGCUGCACGAGGAGAACGUGUCCAGCGUUCUGUACCCGCGCAGCUACAGCCCCAGCACGGAUCGACGAGCGUUUCUGGAAGACUUCCGUCUGACCGCGGCCGCGGGUUUGCUCAAGUGGUUUGUUUGCGGCAUGAACGCGGCCGAGAAGAUCCUCGUGAGCGAUAUGGCAACGGGAGGACGACGAGCGAUCUCGAUCGCCAGGCUGGAGUUCGCACUCGAGCGUUGUCGGAAGUUCAUCUCCGAUGCGACUCACGAGGACCUCGACGCGGAUGAAGGCGAGCAGCGGCAGCAGCCGUCCGACGAGGAGUGGGAACUUUUUCUGGACGAUUUCACGGCGGCGCUUCACCACGGAGCCGGAGUCGAGUGCUCAUCGGAAGACAAUAGCGAGCGUCUUAAGAGAUGCUUCUCGAUCGCGGCGAUAACUCUGGAGAGAUUAAAGACCGUCGAUCCGCAGUACAACGUGAACGGUAUGAGAGGCAUCUGGAUCCUGAAACCCAGUCAUUUGUGCUGCGGCAACGGCAUUGUUAUAUCUCACAGCCUCAAAGACGUCUUGCGCAGGGUCGAGGAGAAGCCAAAGGACUACUACAUCGUUCAGAAAUACAUCGAAUGUCCUCUUUUGAUCAAAGAGACCAAGUUCGAUAUAAGACUCUGGUAUCUGGUGACAAAUACCUUUCCUCUCACGAUAUGGCUGUUCAAAGAGGCGCUACUUCGCUUCAGCUCCAAGCCGUACACCUUCUCCACCUAUCACGAGACGAUUCACAUCUGCAACACAGCCGUCCAAGAGAAGUACAGCGAGUACGAGAGGAGACGCAGGCUACGUAGCGUCCAGGAUAGAUCCGAGGAAUCCGCCAGAUCGGUGCGCGAUCAAGGAUGGGACUGCGAGAAGCUGAACGAGUAUUUGAAAUCCAUAGGCCAUAAAGGCGAGCCGUAUUACGAUCAGAUUUAUCCGAAAAUGGCGGAGGCAAUUAUUCUGACGAUGCUGGCAGCGCAGGAUCGUAUGGAGAGGCGGCGUUGCAGCUUCGAACUGUAUGGCGCCGAUUUUGUAGUGGCCGAGGACAAGUCGGUCUGGCUAAUCGAGAUUAACACCAAUCCACGCAUGCACCCGCCCAGUUCGAGGAUUACAAAGCGUCUCUACGACAACGUACUGGAAAGCCUGGUGAAAGUGAUAAUGGACGUGCCGGUGAACGCUUACGCCGACACGGGAGGCUUCAAUCUCGUCUACAAACAGAACAUACCUGACUUCCAACCUUACCUCGGCCCCUGCCUUUUCGUAACGGGCAAGUCGAUGACUCUGCGCCAGUCGCAACCGGUGGAACAAACGCCGGAGAAAGAAAAGCGGGCAAACAUUUGCGGUCCUUGGAGUAGCACGCAGCAACGUGCAAGAAUCGCACCGCCCAUCUCACGCUCGAGAAGAUCGGACGUGGUCGACCUUAUUGACUAUUUCAGCACCGUGCGAUGUACCGCGAUCAAUUGAUGCGACGUCUUUUCUCUCUUCUCCCAUAGGACAAACAGAAGUCCGAUCCUCUUCAGAAGUCAAAGCGCUCUUUUUUCCUUUCCAAAGAAAAAUAGCAAAUUACUUAUUCAACGCACAACAUGAGAAAAAAAAAAUAAAAUUUGUUUGAGGAAAUAAAGAAAGAAAAUUGUUUUCUUUUUCCAACUCUAAGUGAAUAAAAUUUCAUUGUACCUUUUUCUUU